UUAUUGUUGCAAUAAAUACAAUGUUUCUUUUAUUUACGAUAUCUUUUUCUUCAAUUUAUUCGUAUCCUCCUUUUCGUUGUAAAAAAGUUGGUCACCUUACUAUUCGCCGCCGCUGAAGGGCGCGGGGCAACAUCUCAAAAACUUGCUCAUGCUCAUUACUUAUAAUUUUUGCACCUUUUUCAUUCAUUCCUCCAUUUUCACUGAGACUCGAAAAAAAGGCCUCUUCCACCCUCGAGGCCCCACCCCUGGGUCCUCAUAUCGCGAUGUUGUGAUGUACCAGCGCGGUUUCGUUUCCUCUUGCGCGUGCGCAAUCGCUCCAACUUCCCCUCAGUUACUAUGUCCGCUGGACUAAGUGGGAUGUUUGGGAAUCAGGGCCCGGUGCCUCCCCCGCCACCUCCUCCGGUGGCUCUCGGCGGUCCGGUACCCGCGGGACUCCUUCCGACGAACCCCACGGGUCCGCGAAACUCCAUCGGUACCCUUGUGGAUGAUUUGGAGGCUUCUUUUGAGGCUUGCUUUGCAUCCCUUGUAAGUCAAGAUUAUGUAAAUGGUACAGAUCAAGAAGAAAUUAGAACUGGUGUUGAUCAAUGUAUCCAGAAAUUUUUAGAAGUUGCACGACAAACAGAAUGCUUUUUUCUACAGAAAAGACUACAAUUAUCUGUCCAAAAACCAGACCAAGUAAUUAAGGAGGACGUUUCAGAAUUGAGAAAUGAAUUACAGCGGAAAGAAACACUAAUUCAGAAACACUUGGGAAAACUUCGCCAUUGGCAACAGGUUUUAGAUGAUAUUAAUAUCCAGCAGAAAAAACCUACUGAGAUGCCUCAGGGACCUCUAGCCUAUCUAGAGCAAGCUUCAGCCAAUAUUCCUGCACCCCUCAAACAAACAUGAAAAGAAGCAUCAUUGAAAUGCCAGAAUAAAGUUUGCUAGACCUUCAUAACAUUGUACAUUUUAUAUUGAAAAAUAUGUUGUUUUUGGAAAAAAUGGACAGCAAGGAGCCUAACCUAAACGAGGCUAUAGCUGUCAUUGCAUGGAUUAGAAAGUAUGAUUUCUUUUAUUCUAUCACCUGCAAACUGAACAUUGUCUCUCCCUGACUUUGGAGAUUUUCUAAGGAGCAAGAACCACCUCUAUCCUAUGAGCUUCUGUAAAUCAAGUGAUGCCAUUAACAUUAUCAUUUGGAAUCAUGGUGCUUUUAAUAUCCCUGACACAGUUGUAGCUUCUGGUUUCAUGUAAAAAAAAAAAGCCUAUGAGAAAUAUGUCACAAUCUGAAUUGCUUUAAUGCAAAACAAAAAUUAUGUUCUGAACCCAGUUUUUGAGUUGAGCAGCUGUAUGCUUUAAAUAAAUUUAAAAUGCACAUGGACAAAUUAAUGUUUAUCUAACUUUAUUUUAAUGAUGUUACAAAUGAACAUCUGGUGAAACUUUUUGUUUUUAUGUGAUAAAUUAACUCUAUCCUAUUGCAUAUUGCAUAGCAAUAAUAAGAGUUGGCAUUUUAAAAAUUGUUCUUAGUUUUCUUCCUCUUAAAAUUACUUUAAUACUCUAAUAGUUGACACUUAAUUGUGUUUAAGUGUCACAAUUCAACAUAGAAAUUGUCUAAAUCUGAGCUUAAUUGUGGUCAUGAUGACAAGACUAUUGCAGGAGCAGACAGUGCAAAUAUACUAUUACUUUGUUUAAACAGAUAUUAUAAGAACAUUUCAAAUAAUGUAGAUAUGUACUGAGAUUUUUCCCUGAAAUCUCUAAAAAGUAAACCUGAAUUCAAAUAGAUUUGGAAUGGAGUGUUCCAGCCAUUUUGGUACCAGCAUGCUAUUAUUGUGAGAUUUUGUAGAUAUAUAUAAUAUAGAUUUGAUGCAUGGAUCCCAAUUGGUAUAUUCUUUCACUGAAAUUUUUCCACUAGUAAUCCUGGGAGAACGUGUUCCCUACUUUGCAGCUUCUCACACAUUCUGAAAAUUUGUUUUGGCAGUUGGGGCAAGCAAGGAGAAUGUCCAAUGGGUAAAAUUGCAAAAUAUAUGAUUUUGCCUAGGAAGAAUUUAAGGCUCAGUGCUAAUUUAAAUAUAUUAUGUUCAAAUAUAUUAAACAGAGCACUUCAAGCCCUUAUUUAUUUUUAGAAAUAAAAAAAUAUCGGCGCAUCACAGAUGCAUACAGAUUCAUCCUUGACUAGAACCAUUCUCUACUGCACUAUGUGCCUGUGUUUUAGACCAAAGUUAAGAGCUCAGCUGUGACUGAGAUAAAAACAUUUCACUUCUAGAUACAAUAUGUAUUUUCUAAAGUUUAUAUUAUAGCAAACUACAAAGCAAAUUAACUGUUUUUGACUUCUCAAAGUUUUAUUUACUAAUAACUGGGAAAUGUAGCCAGUUAACUUUCAAUACAGUAUAAAUGUUGCUAUUAGUAUUUCAACUUGCCAAAUAGUGUAAGACUGGGAAACAUUUAAGCACAACCUCUUCACGUAAUCUGUCGGGCUUUAUUUUUCUAUUUUGUUGUUUUUUUAUAAGGUAAAUUGCCCAGAAUCAGCAUUUCUUACAUCUAUGUAAAUAAAUAAAAUGUUUACGUGUAUUAUGGGGAAAUCUUCCUUGCAAAUUUUACUUGUAUCAGAUUUCAUGUUAAUGGGGCCUUUGAUUCCUAGCUCUGAAAUAUUCUUCUAAGGUACUAGUUUAAGGUUGAUGUCUUUUUAAUAGUUAGGUUUCCUAGACCACUGAACUAGCCAGUUUUGUUCUGCAUAAGUAUCUUUGUAAGUUGAAUGGCUUAAAUAUGCUAGUCUUGAUGUUAUUGCUGAUAUAGUAUUAAAAUUAUUGAGUACAGUAAGAUACUUGUACUAAGAAUCCAUUUUACCUAGAAUUUGCUGAAUACCAGAUUAAUUAUAAAUUAAUAUUUUAAAAUAUGUUUUAUUUAUGGCAAUAGUUACUUACUAUUGAAUUUCUUAUGUUUAGCUACUUGUGACCUGUGAUUCUUUCCUUGUUAUUCUGUAGGAUAUCAUAUAAAAUAUAUUGUAUAAAUGUUUAAUAACAGCAAUGGCAAUAUUGAUUAUUGUAGAAAGUUUUCAUCAGAAAGAAAAAUAUUUUGUAAACCA